AGAGAAAAAAUCAAAAGAAUUUGUGGUGUGUGCGGAAUUUCGGAAUUGAUUUCGGUGCGGUUUCCGUAAUAAGCUAGCUCCAGCAGUAGUCGUCAGCGAUGGCUUUCGAUCUAAAGAAUGAAUCGGACGUGAAGGAUUACCUGGAAAAGUUGGGUAUCGAGUACCGGUUCGGGUGUUAUUCGGAGAAAAAACCGGAAGUUUGCCACCUGUUAGGGGAUUACCUUGAGGGCAUCAAGAAGGACUUUGAUAAAGCUGCAAAAGUGUACCGAUCGAACUGCGACGAUUAUGGAUAUGCCAAGAGCUGUCUCAAAUACGGCAACUACAGUUUUCUGGGCAAAGGACGUGCCUCGGAUAAGGGUGAUCCCAUCAAAGCCUACCAGUACUACGAAAAAGGCUGUGAGCUAAACGAUGCCGAUGCGUGUCUUCACUCCGGUUUGCUGCUUGUUUCGAAAUCAAUUCCUAAGGACAUGAAACGAGACGUUUCGAAAGCUUUCGAGUUCCUCAAGAAAAGCUGUGAAAUGAACAACGGUAACGCCUGCUUCUACCUCUCCGGGAUGCACAUUUCCGGUGUCCUUAAAGACGAGUACAACACAGCCAAGGUCAAGGAAGAGCUGGAACGAUCAGGCCCUGAGGCGCAGCCAAAUCUACCGAAGGGUGCAUUUGUUGUGGAACGUGAUAUGCAGAAGGCAUUCGAAUUUGCGUACAAAGCCUGUGAGCUGCGCAAUAUGUAUGCGUGCGCCAAUCUGAGUCAAAUGUACGCCAAGGGAGAUGGCACGCCCAAAGAUGAAAAGAAAGCCGAAAAGUACAAACAACUGGCCCUGGAAAUGCAAGACGAAAUCAAGAAGCAACAACAGCUGAACUUCCAGCAAGGUUUGAAUCCGUCGUAAAAUGGCAUUAGUCUUGAUACAUUCCAGCCGCAGACCCAUUCUCAUGUUCCGCAUCACGGCAAUAACUCUUGAUUCUUGUCAGCAGCGCAGCGAAAGAUUGAAUGUGGAGCAAGUUUGAAAGUUUUCUUUUGGUUAAAUUCUGUUCGUUAUUCAACAUACAAUUUUCUCCAUGGAGCGCCAUUGCAUGAGUUUUAACCGUUGAUUUUGUACUGUGAAUCACAUCCAUAUGACAACAACAACUACUAUGUUUGAAUAGAGAGAAGUUGAUACAACUAUUGUGAGAA